AUUAUGGGUAACUUCUGUGUCGGUGGGAAAAACCCACUUUCAUUUCCGCAUCAAAAGCGUAAAGUUGGUAAUUUUGUAAAUUAUUGUCAUUUUAUUUAUAAUGUAGUGGUCGGGACCAUCAUGAUCAACUGGACACUUUAAAACAAUUAAAAUUUUAUCCUAACAACACCUUCGUUGUGAGAGAUUAAGAUUAUUGGACAGUGAACAGAUAUUUGGCAGAUUAAGUUAUAUCUUAUCUAUACACUAUGGCAAUGCAAACACGGAUAUCUAAAUCUUCUGAAACUUCUACAAAAGGGCAAGUUUUCGAUUCUGAAUCGCAACGUGUCUGGAAGUCAAGCAGCAAACAAAUACCGAGAAACUAUGGCCAGGUAUUCGACAACAGUCAAUUUUGGCACUUGGUUCCAGAAGAAAUUGGUAAAGGUCCUUAUGAAAUGUGUUACUACCUAUCUCUUUUAAAAAAUGGAAGUGUACCUGAUAGAUCUGUAAGAGUCCAUAUUGUCGGCAAUUAUGCCCAAGGAAAAACCUCUUUAGUUAAAAGGCUUUUAAAAGCAGAGACAAAGCGUACAACAAGUACAGACGGGAUUGAUAUAUUAAAGCUGCGUUCAGCGGAUUCAUUUCUACAAACAAGAGAGCCUGAAAAUCUAUCUGAGUCGACAGACGAAAGGGGAACUUUUAGUGUAGAAGGUAUGUUUGACAGUGGGAACACGUCAAUCAACUAUGAUCUAUGGGAUUUCGGCGGGCAGUACGUCUUUUAUGCGACACACGCACUUUUUCACAGUAACAGGGCAAUAUAUGUUUUAGUAAUGGACUUGACAAAGAAAUUCGAUACAAUCGUACGAGAUACAAGUCACCCAAACGAAACGGGAAACAGAAACGUAGAAUACUUCAUAAAAUUUUGGAUGAAUUCUAUUCAUUCGUUCGCUGGAUCAUUAGACGGAUUUGAGCCACCAGUAAUUCUAGUCGGCACACAUAUUGAUCAAGUUCAAGGAUUAAGAACAUCUCAACUCAAACACGCUGAAAUAUUCUUUGAAGAUGUGAGGAGUCUCUUUGAUGGAACCCAGAUUUUGAAUCAUUUUCAUAAAAAAGAAUUUGCUGUUAAUAAUCUCAAUCGACAUGACAUUGUCAUAGAUGAACUACGAGAAGAGAUAAUGAAAAUUGGACGUUCAAAGGUAAGAAACGUUGAAAUACCAACAAGAUGGGUAUAUUUAGAUCAUAAAUUGAAAUAUGUUACACAAAAAGUGAUAACAAUUGCAAACAUACAAACAUUGAUAUUGGAGUAUGAUCUUCAAACGAUGCCUAUAGAGGAACUAAAACUUUUCCUGCAAUACCAGCAUGCUAAAGGGACCCCUUUUUUAUUUUGAUAGAGAUCCCAAUUGCAGAGUACGUCGUGU